CCCCCUGGAAUUUAUAUUUGAAAAAAACUGACGCCAUUUUCGUGAUUUACAAUCCAUUUGUUUACAAUUCUACAAAAAGUUUCGUUUUACUUGGAAAAUUGAAGAUUUGCUGUAGUAAAACAUGUUUUUAUGAUGACCUCAGCUUUUCUUCAGUUCAUAGAGGUAGAGAACUUCAAGUCGUAUCGUGGCAAAGUCACGAUAGGACCUCUGAAAAAGUUCUCUGCCGUAAUCGGACCUAAUGGAUCUGGAAAAUCCAACUUUAUGGAUGCUAUCAGUUUCGUUAUGGGGGAGAAAACCAACAGUUUGCGAGUACGAAAAUUAAACGAAUUGAUCCAUGGAGCAUCGAUUGGCCGUCCCAUUGCAAACCGGGCCUCGGUUAUGGCGAAGUUUGUUAUCACGAACCGGGAGGGUGAACAAACCCAGAAAAGUUUCCAGCGAUCAGUUAUUGGUUCAUCUUCAGAAUAUCGGAUUAACGGAAGUGUGGUUGCUACCAACUCUUACCUUCAGGAGCUGGAACAAAUUGGUAUUAAUGUGAAAGCGAAAAACUUUCUGGUAUUUCAAGGUGCUGUCGAAAGUAUUGCAAUGAAAAAUGCUAAAGAACGCACGGCAUUAUUUGAAGAAAUCAGUGGUUCUGGAUUGUUGAAAGAAGAGUAUAACAAGUUGAAACACGAGAUGCAGAUGGCUGAAGAAGAAACACAAUUUACCUAUCAAAAGAAGAAAGGUAUCGCGGCGGAGAGAAAAGAAGCUAAGCUGGAAAAACAGGAAGCCGAUCGAUACGCACGACUGAAGCAAGAAUAUGGUGAAAAACAGAUUCAAUAUCAAUUAUACAGGUUAUAUCAUAAUGAAAAAGAAAUGAAACGUCUAAAUGAAGAUUUAGAGAGCAAGCAGCAAGAGUUGGGUAUAGUCGAAAAGAAAAAGGAAGAAGCCGAUGAAGUGUUGAAGGAAAAAAAGAAAGAAGCUGGCAAAAUAGCUCGAGAACUAGCUAAAUUCGAACAGGAUAUACGAGAGGUAGAGAGUGAAAUGAGCAAAAAACAUCCUAUGUUUAUAAAAGCCAAAGAAAAGGUGGCUCAUACUAAAAAGAAGCUUGAUGGAGCGAUGAAAACACUGGAACAAGCUCGAAAAGCGGACGAAGCACAUCAAGCAGAUAUCCGUAAACUGGAAGACGAAUUGCAUACUGUUGAGAACAAACUAAAAAUUUUCGAAGAUGAAAUUGCUGGAGAAUCCAAGAAACGUGGGAGUAACGUUCAUUUGGAACAGAAUCUCGUUCAAGAAUAUGAUCGCCUGAAACAGAAAGCAGAUGCUACAUCCGGUAAAUAUCUUAUUAAACUGGAUUCCGUAAACAGAGAACAAAAAUCAGACCAGGAUUUACUGGACAAUGAAGCAAACAAAAAGGCUCAAAUUGAGGAAAACUACAAGAAAUACGAGUCGGAGAAAAACGAGGCAAUCAAGCGUCAAGAGAAGCUUAUUGAUCACAUCAAAUCGAGUAAGCUUGCAUUGGAAGAGCAAAUCCGUCUGAAACAGGAACUCAGUCAGGAUGUAGGUUCAUCUAAAGAACGAAUUCUUGAACUGCAAGCAGAGCUAGACAAUGUACGAGAACAAUUGGGAGAUGCGAAAAUUGACAAACACGAAGAUGCACGACGUAAGAAAAAGCAAGAAGUUGUCGAGCUGUUCAAGCAGGAAGUUCCUGGCGUUUAUGAUCGUAUGAUUAAUAUGUGUCAGCCUACGCACAAACGGUACAAUGUAGCCGUCACGAAGGUACUUGGAAAAUACAUGGAAGCUAUUAUAGUUGAUACAGAAAAAACAGCACGACGGUGUAUUCAAAUUCUCAAGGAGAAGAUGCUGGAUGUGGAGACGUUUCUUCCUCUGGACUAUUUGCAAAAGAAGCCGCUUAAGGAACGUUUAAGGAACAUCGAAGAACCGCGUAAUGUAAAACUUAUUUACGAUGUUUUGAAAUUCAACCCACCGCAGAUCGAACCUGCAGUUUUGUUUGCAACCAAUAAUGCUCUGGUCUGCGAAUCGCCAGACGACGCUAUGAAAGUGGCAUAUGAAAUUGAUCGCAGUCGAUACGAUGCUCUUGCUCUGGAUGGUACUUUCUAUCAAAAGUCAGGAAUAAUUUCUGGUGGAAGUCACGAUCUUGCCCGAAAAGCAAAGCGAUGGGACGAAAAACAUAUGGCACAAUUAAAAGCGCAAAAGGAGAAAAUAACCGAAGAGUUGAAGGAAGUCAUGAAGAAAACACGCCGUCAAGGGGAACUGACAACUGUUGAGAGUCAAAUUCGUGGACUAGAAAAUCGUCUCAAAUACAGCCAAAAUGAUUUAGAUGCCUCGAAGAAAAAUAUUAAAGACUAUGACAAAAAGCUUGAGCAGCUACAGAAGGAACUGGACCAAAUAGGACCAAAAAUCAGCGAAAUCGAACGUCGCAUGCAGCAACGCGACCAGAAAAUUCAAGAAAUCAAAGAGAAUAUGAACAAUGUUGAAGAUGACGUGUAUGCCGAGUUUUGUACCCGUCUCGGCGUUGCUAACAUUCGCCAAUUCGAAGAGCGAGAGUUAGUGCUGCAACAAGACAGAGCUAAAAAACGAGCAGAAUACGAACAGCAAAUUGAUCGAAUAAACAACAAUCUUGAGUUCGAGAGAUCUAAGGAUACAUCAAAAAACGUUCAACGCUGGGAACGCGCGGUACAAGAUGAUGAGGAUUCACUUGAAACGUUCAAGCAAGCUGAAGCUCGUCAGCGUCAAGAAAUUGAAAAGGACAAGGAGCGUAUCGAAAAGCUCAAAACCGAAAAAAUUUCGAAAAAGUCCGCCGUAGAUCAGAUGGAGGAAGAAACUUCUAAAGCGCGACGGGACGUUCAGCAGCAAGCUAAAGAAUUGGCUAAUGUUAACCAGCAGAUUUCUGGCAUUGAAGCUAAAAUUGAGACAAUGAAAAACAAGCGUCACAAUUUGCUAAUGCAAAGUAAAAUGGAUGCUAUUGAAAUACCGAUGGCACGUGGCAACAUGGAUGAUAUCGUGCAACAGAAUGCGGACAGCGCGUCGGAAACAACACCACUUAGCACUAUUCAUGAACGCGAAAGCAAAAUUCAAAUCGAUUACAGUUCUUUGCCGAAAAAUCUCACAAACCCUUCGGAGCCCGAUCAGGUGAAGAAAGUAGGUGAUAGCCUUGCCCGAGAACUUCAGUCCAAACUGGAUACGCUAGAAAAAAUCCAAACGCCAAACCUGAAGGCUAUGCAGAAAUUAGAUCGCGUCACGGAAAAAAUUCAAAGCACCAAUGAGGAAUUUGAAGCGGCUCGUAAAAAGGCUAAAAAAGCUAAGGCGGCUUUCGAGAAGAUUAAAAAUGAACGCUGCACAUUGUUUACUAACUGCUGCAAUCAUAUUUCCGACGCCAUUGACGGUAUUUAUAAACAAUUAGCUCGAAAUGAAGCCGCACAGGCUUAUCUCGGUCCAGACAACCCAGAAGAGCCCUAUUUGGAUGGAAUAAACUACAAUUGUGUUGCACCCGGAAAACGAUUCCAACCGAUGAGCAAUCUUAGCGGAGGUGAGAAAACCAUCGCAGCGUUGGCUUUGCUGUUUGCUAUACACAGUUUCCAGCCAGCCCCAUUCUUCGUUCUGGAUGAAAUCGAUGCAGCAUUGGACAACACCAACAUCGGAAAAGUGGCAUCAUAUAUUCGUGAAAAAUGCACCAAUUUGCAGACUAUUGUAAUCUCACUUAAAGAAGAGUUUUAUAGUCAUGCCGACAUCCUAAUAGGCAUCUGCCCGGAACCGGCGGAAUGUCUUGUUUCGCAGACACUAAUUUACGACUUGGAACAGUUCCAAGCGAUUCCAUAAUUGUAAUAUUUGAUCACUUAAUUAUACAUAUUUCUGAACUGCUUA